AUGGCUCACAGAGUCCUGCGCUUCAUCACUGACUUCUUCGUCUAUGAAACAGCCAAAUCGGUUGUGGUGAAGAGCUGGUCUGUUGGAAUCAUCAACCGUGUCGUCCAGCUGUUAAUUAUUCUGUAUUUCAUCUGCUGGGUGUUUAUGCAUGAAAAAGGACAUCAGCUCCGGGACACGGGAAUCGAGUCUGCGGUCAUGACCAAAGUGAAAGGCUUGGGCAAAUUUAACAACCGUGUGAUGGACGUAGCAGACUAUGUAGUUCCCUCACAGGGUGGUUCUUCGUUCUCUGUCAUCAUCAGCAUGGUCAUCACAGCCAAUCAGACGCAAGGACGAUGCCCCGAGACUGAUCAUAAGUUUAAAUGCACUACUGAUGAUUACUGCAUGGCAAAACUGGACUCAAAUUUAGGAAAUGGUAUUAUAACGGGCACAUGCUUGAACAAGAAUAAUGAGACAACAGGAUGGUGUGAAAUUGAAGGCUGGUGUCCUGCAGAGGAUGACAACGUUUCAGAAAAUCCAAUGAAAGAGGUGGAAAACUUCACCAUCUUCAUAAAGAACAGCAUUCGCUUCCCUCUGUUUAAUGUCACUAGAGGCAAUUUCCCUUCAAGCCUAAACCAGUCUUACAUUCAGAGCUGUCAUUAUGAUCCGGUGGACCAUCCGUUCUGUCCGGUCUUUAAAGUGGGAGAUAUCCUGAGACACAUCAAUCAAAGUUUGGACAGCAUUACUGACAAA